GAUUCUUCGGCAGUCACUAAAGACCUGCGAUUUCCUGGAGUAAAGAUAUACAUCACUUCCCUCCCAGAGCUCCCGCACUUCAAAGACUUCAUCUCCAAUUUUAUACCCUACAAUUCCACGAAUCUCAACCUCCCGAAUCAGCAAAAUUACCUCCAGCUACUCAGCCGAGGGCGCAUGCUAGCCCGGGAUAUUGUACAGAGGUCGAAGAAGUACAUCCGAAACCCAUUGCGAAUCUUCUGUCUUGCGAACAGAGUGCGAGCAUACUCUUCGGGUCUCUUAAAUCCACAACUCUGGUUCAACAUUUUUGUCGUCAUGGCUUGGCUUCUCAUCCGCCGCACGCUCGAGAUCUUUGGCAUCCAUUUGCCCGGCCUAGCCGUGGUACCUCAAAAUCAACAGGUGCCGUCAGCAAAGAGCAACAAGAACAGAGAUUCGGCAGUUGGCCAACCUCAGGAGAAUGAUUUCGUUCACUUGGAAGCCCCCUGAAGUCGAGAUGGGUAUUGAAGCGGGAGGCAGACACAUGAUUUGGAU